AUCACAUCCGUCGAGGGGCGGUUAUUACGUGUGUUGUUACCACAGAGAUGACGGUUCGCGUUAGUUCCCCGUAUUUGUCCACUGAGUCAACGGAGUGCUUUCGCUGCGUCUCAGGAGCAUUGCGUUGGGAAUGAAAACACCACCGUGAACGCGAACUUAUCAGCAAUGGUGCCACCCAGCUUCUGAAGUUUUCAGAGGAUGCAUGCGACACGUAGCCCUUCAUCCAUCCCAACGGGCGUCCCGGGCGAUGCCUUGGACCUCAGCCUGUCAGGCUCCCAGCUCUCCAUGUCCAGAAGACCCAGCAGUGCCUCGCCUGGGAAGUACUUCUCUCGGUCUGUGUCGGUUUCCGUGGCCAGCGACAGCCGAGGAAAACGCAACACCCUGAGUGAUGUCAGCUCUGGUAGCUCCCGCUCCAUCAAGAACCUGAGGCGCUCCAACAGCACCACUCAGGUUAAUCAGCAGGCCAACAUCAGUUUCAGUCGGGAACCGAGUGAGGACUACCUGGCCCUGUUUGACAGCAGCUCAGAUGGACGCAAGAAACUGGCCAGCCUCAGCAAAGCCUCGCCAGACAGAACCACGUGGAACAUCCUGGACGAUCAGCCCAGAGUCUUCCCCGUGCACUCGAGCCCCCGCAGCACUGGCAGCGCGGACACUCCCACCGGCCUGAAGAAAAGAGAGCCCGGCAUCGCUCUGGCUGCCACCUUCACUGCCAACAACAGGAGCAACAAGGGAGCAGUGGGGAACUCUGUCACCACCAUCUUACACAACAACUACUCUGAGAAACCACUUACGCCAAAGAGCUCCAACCAGAGGCCAUCGUUUAACAACAUCCUGAAGGCCACAGCAAACGACGAGGUGUCACAAGACAACAGCUCGCUGACCAAGUCCCAGAAGAACUUCUCUUCAGCUUCCUCCACCUCAAACAACAGGUCUCCGGUGUCGGCCCAGCGCGGCAGCCCGGUCCUGUCUCGAAGGAGGGAGGUCACUGAGGAGGAGGCCGAGAGGUUUAUUCAGCAGGUGAACCAGGCUGCAGUCACCAUCCAGCGCUGGUACAGACACCAUGCCCAGAGACAGCACACUAACCAGGCAGCGCUCAAACGCAUCCUUGCCAGCAAAAGAAAGGAGUGGGAGGAGAGAACAGAGGAGGACGGUCGCCUGGAGCCGCAGCAGAAAAAGGAGGAAGACAGGAAACGGAUUCGUGAGGAGAAAGCUCGCUUGGCCCGCCUGGCUGCCAUCCAGGAGCUGCAGCAGAAAAGAGCCCGGCGGGUUGCCGAGGUGCAGCAUGCAGCUGAGGUGGAGCUGGAGAGCUCGAGGCAGACAGGUGUGGCUGGACGGAAGAAGCAGCCAAAGCUUUCUUUGAGCAACAAAAGUCCAGCGUCACCGAGCAACAACAGCCCGAUGUCGCCCACAGACGUGAAAGCUAAGAACACAGACUCCAAUUUGAAUGUUGUGGCCGACUUUGCUGAGCUGAGCUUCAGAGCCAUUUCCCCAGCUUCGUCCAAUCACAGAGGCUCUCAGUGUUCCCAGGAUCAGGAGGACAGAGCGGAGGUAGACAUCUGCCCGGAGCAGCAGCAUCCGCAGAACGACAGGAAAAUCAUUCGUAAAGAGAAAGCUCGUCUGGCCCGCCUAGCUGCCACCCAGGUGAACACGUCUGAGGGGCUGCAGCAGAAAAGAGCCCAGCAGGUUGCAGAGGCACAGCAUGCAGCUGAGGUGGAGCCGGAAAGCUCAAGGCAGACAGGUGUGGUAGGACGCAAGAUACCACCCAAGAUUUCUCUGAGCAAAGGUCCUGCCUCACCGAGCAACAACAGCCCGAUGUCGCCCACAGACGUGAAAGCUAAAAACACAGACUCCAAUUUGAAUAUUGUGGCUGAGUUGGGUGAGCUGUCCAGCUUCAGAGCUGUUUCGCCAGCUUUGUCCAAUUGCAGAGGUUCCCAGUGUUCCCAGGAGAUCCUGCAGAGGUCUGUGAGUGUGGAGGACCAGCGGCAGGGAGCGUUGUCCAGCAGGGCUCAGUCCAAAACCACCCUCAACGAGCUGCUGGACACCCUGAAGCUGUUAGAGGAGGAGCCGGAGAGGCUGUCGGAGCCAAAGUGCUACAGCAAAGAGAAAUACGCCUGGAUAGAUGAGGACGGAGACUCCACCUCUCUGACCACUGACAACCUGGAGCGUCACGGCCAGCUAAGUCACCAUCCGGCCCUGCCAGAUGGGGGCGCCCUGCUCUCCGAGGCCAAGCUGCAGAGCAUCAUGAGCUUCCUGGAUGAGAUGGAGAAGUCUGAACAGGAGAGACCACGCUCGGUUACUUCAGGGUCUCACAGAGAGGCUGUGUUGUCGGAGGAGGAGCUGGUUGGUGUCGAGCAGGCGUCUGCCACCGCCGCCGAAAUCACUGGCUCCAUGAUGAGGAUCAAGAUGGAGCUGGAGGAGAAAAAACGCACAGUCAACAUGCUGCAGAGCGCACUGGCCCAGCAGAGGGAGCUCACGGUGAGACACGUGAAGGAGACCGAGAAGGAGCUGAACAGAAACUUCCAGCUCCAGAAGGAACAGUUUGAAGCCACCAUCCAGAGACACCUCACAUUCAUUGAUCAGCUGAUCAAUGAUAAGAAGAGUUUAAAUGAGCGCUGUGAAGGAGUGGUGGGAGAACUGAAGCAGGUGGACCAAAAGUACACCAAGAAGAUCGCACAAAUGCAGGAGCAACAUGAAAUGGUGUGGCAAAUUCUGGGUCCCUUGUGUGAGGAAAUCAAGAAGUUAAAAGAGCUUAUGAGUGCCACGGAGAAGAUCCGCCGGGAGAAAUGGAUUGACGAGAAAACCAAGAAGAUCAAAGAGAUCACUGUCAAAGGCCUGGAGCCAGAGAUCCAGAAGCUGAUUUCCAAGCACAAACAGGAGCUGAAAAAGCUGCGGACGCUCCACGAGGCGGAGCUGUUGCAGGCAGACGACCGCGCGGCCCAGCGCUACGUCCGCCAGUGUGAGGAGCUCCGCUUACAGCUGGAGAGGGAGAAGGACGAGCAAUGUCAGAGAGAGAGGGAACUAGCCAAGCAGAGAUAUGAAAAGCAGCUUCAGGAGGAGGAGCUGUCCCUGCAGCAGCAGAGAAGGCGACUCUACAAGGAGGUGGCCGAUGAGAAGGAGAGGCUGGCUCAGCUGGCUGCGAGGCAGCGUGCUGAGCUGGAGGAUCUGCGGAGACAGCUGGAGGACAACAGCUCUCUGGCUGGACGAGCUCUCAGAGACGAGCUGGACAAGACCAGAGAGGAACAGGAGAGGAGACACCAGGUGGAGAUGAAGGCGUUACAAGAACGUCUGGACAUCGAAAAGCAGACGUGGGAGGAAAACUACAAGAGAAAAGAGGAAGCGUGGCUGCUGAGUCGCGAGCGCGAACUGAAAGAAGAGCUGCGGCAAGAACGCGACAAAGAGAUUGAGCUCGCCAUCUGGACACUGGAGGAGGAGACCAGCAAGGACAAAGAGGAGUGUGAGAGGGCAGCUGAAAACAGGGUGAAGCGUGUGAGGGACAAAUACGAGACGGAGCUGAGGGAGCUGGAGCGCUCCGAGAGGACGGCUGUGGAGAAACAACAGGAGUUGAGGAAGCAGCAGAUGGAGAUGGAGGGAGAGCUGAUUAGACUCCAGGCCCUGCUCCGACAGAAAGAACAGGAGACGGAAGACAUCACACAGACCAGGGAUAAGCUGGUGACGGAGCGCCGAAGCCUGGCCGAGGUGAUCCGGCAGGAGUUUGCCGACCGGCUGGUGCUGACGGAGGAGGAGAACCGCAGGAUGAAAGUGGAGGUGUCAGAAGUCCGAGCGAGGCUACGGCUCGAGGUGGAGAGAGUCACUCGGGAGAAGGAAGAGGAACUGGCUGAAGUCCACCAACGGGUGAAGGCGGCCAUCUUGAAGAAGGAAGAGACUGUCAACAACCUCCGGAAGCAGCAUGAGGCGGCCCUGAAGAGGGCGGAUCACCUGGAGGCCCUGUGGGAACAACAGAGGAAGCAGCUGUUGGAGAAGUAACUGGCAGAAAGGCUGCAUCUGUCUGGACCUCUCGUCUCCUCUCGUCUCCUCCCUUCCCCCUGCCUCUCUCCCUCCACUCUGAGCUAUCUAUCCAUUGUGUCACUCAAGCGCUCAUCUGACUUCUUUAGUCCCCUUUUGGAGGUUGUUGCUCUCUGCAAGAUUGAACCUGUUGAACUUCAGAAGGUCGAACAAGUGACUGAACCUUGUCCUACCUCAUUUAAAAAGUACAAAAAUGAGCGUGAGCGUGAGAGUGUUGUGUUGAAAACGUCCCUGAUUUAAAUGCCACAGACCAGGUGGCACCACCACAUGAAAAGACUGCAGAUGAACUUCCCAUUCCUCUUCCCUCUCCAGAGGAAGAUUGCUGCAUUUUUUCGUGACCGUACCUUCCCCCCAUCUUUUCCUCCUCCCUCCCUCCAUGCCCCCCCCCAGAGCUGCCACGGAGAACAGUUCCAGAUGUUUCUGAAACCAGCCCAAGGCCUGCGCUGGUGGAAAGUUGCAGAGGGUGCAGGGGGGGGGGUUUGCUCUGUCUGGAGGACCAAGGACCACUUACAACCACAUCUACACUACUACGUUCUGGAUUAAAAACAAAUGUCGUUUGCUACGUUUAAGCCUCACGUGCACACUACUGCGGCGUUUCCGAGCCCCUAAAGCGGAGACAUUUGGAAACACUGAUUCCCCCGUCUUGGUUUGAAAGCUCACUGGUUUGGACACAAACGGAGACCUUUGGAGAACUUCCUUCAUUUUCAACUAAUACAGCCAUGAUUUUCCAGAGUGAUGUCAUACAAUCUGCUUCCUGUUUACACUGGCAUGCACAUGCCCAGUGUGUGUGAGAGUGGUCAUGUGAUAUUUGUUGUCAGAUGUGUUUGUAUGGACGGAGAUUAGUUCUGCUACUGGAGCUAAAACUCUUCUGUGGAUGGAGUUUUUGUCUCAAAAAUGAAAACGUCGCAGUGUAGAUGUAGCCUCAGACGAGGCAGCACCAGAGCUACAGUCUCAGCUUCUGUUUGUACCAAGUCAAGCUCCUGGUGCUCUCUUUUGUCUGUUGAUUCAUGUGUUUUUGUCCCAGUGCCCCCUCAGGGCGAGUGCUGAUUACAGGAUCCGUACCCUCUGCCUUUGCUACAGCCCUGUGACUUGCUCUGAACAGUUUGCAUGUGUCUUAAAACCAAAAUUUGGAUCUUACAAAGAAGUGAGAAGUGAUGUACUAACAGUGGUUACAGGCCAAAGGCAGAGUGCAUGAAGAGCGUUGCU